UGUAAGAAAUUAGCGAAGAGUUUGAGCAAAAUUAACUAUUCUGUGUUGUGUAUAUUUAGUUACAAAAUAUAAUUUGCGGGUUAAAACAGCAAGUUUUAACACAGUUUUAUGUUUAUUCUUGAACAGACAAAGAAAUGAUUCGGAGAGGGCAGACAUGACAGAACGUUCGCUUUUCACGACGCAACAUAGAUGUCUGGACCAUGUCAUUUUGGGCGUUGGGGAGUUUAACUUAAUUGCAUUGCCCAUUAUGUUCUUUAGGAUUCACGUUUAAAUACUGUACUCCUUUGUUUAUGUUUAAUUUUAACAAACCAUAAACAAUGAUGAAGGGAGACCAUGGAUUUAAUGUUAAUUUCGUCAAAAUGAUUGAACGGCAUGAAGUUUUGUAUAAUCCGUUUUCGGAACAAUACAACAACAGAGAAAUUCAAACUGAAGCUUGGCUUGCUAUCGCUCAAGAGUCAAAUGAAAGUGUUCAAACAUGUAAAGAGCGGUGGGUAAAUCUACGAGCAAGUUUUUGUCGUCACCUUCGAAACCAAAAAAAUGGAAGCGCCCAAGGUCGGAAACCGUACUACCUUGCAGAUCAUAUGCAGUUCCUGAUACCAUUUACCCGCAGUCAGCCUAUUCAGGACGAAGAAGAUUCUUUUAGCAGGCAUUCUCCAAGACCGACCAUGCUGGACAGCAACGAGUUUGAUUUCUCGCAACCGGUACAAAGAUAUCCAGCAGCCGACUUAGAGAUUGAAGUUAUAGAAGCAUCGGCACCUUGGAACUCAAAUUUUGGAAAACAGUCCAGUACGUCUAGACUCUACGAGAAGACAAGCCCUCCACCCAGCACAGUUCCGAAAAUUGAAGAUGAUAAACCACUAGUCUUCAAUAAGUUCUCUCAAAGUCGAGGGAAUAAAAAGCGCAAGCAGCACACUCAAGAAUUCCCCGACAAUGGUUCCUAUAGUUUCCAAGCAAACCCAAAUACUUUCACAAUGACCAACGAAGAUGAUGCAGAUGUAUCAUUCCUGAAGAGCUUGCUGCCCGACAUGAAAAAAAUGAGCGACCGUCAAAAAUGUCGGUGUAAACGGCUCAUGCUUGGUGUAGUUGACGAUGUGCUGUACGGCUCAAUGGACCCCACAACAUCAAAACCUUCAACUGCAAGUUUGUCCCAGGAAAAAUUCCUUCGAAGCACGCCCUUAUCGUACGGUUCUAACAGCGAAUAACUGUGCCUCUAGAUUUUGAUCAAUCAGUCGUCUUAUCACUGCUUUUUUACCGUGUAUUAAGUAUGUUUCAAAUAUUUAGAUUUUGUCGUAUAAUCACGCACGUUAUAUUAAACAUGAGCAGUCGUCGCUACAAGGCUUUGGAAUGUCGCCCGAAGGCUUAAAAUUAUAAACGUGUCCAUAAUCAUGAUACUUUUAUGUGCGAGAGAAAGCUUAUACAAAUUUGCGACAGACAUUGUUCGUCGUCGAGAAAACCGACAAUGGCAAUAUCAUGACGCCUAUUUUUCAUUGAAACACGGCCUUUUUUACAAAUUUCCUAUGGUUAUUUUACUUUGUUGGUCGAAUAACUCAUUCGCUCAACUAAAGCAUUUUUAAAAGACCCCGAAAUGUAAUAAACAUAUCAGUAGCCUUCGUUCUUAACGUGUUUGGGCCCAAGUCCUUUGCCAAAGCUCUCAUAACGUUUGAGCGCGCGUCCCAUACUGAUCUCUGCCUUAUAUAUAUGGUGGGGGAAGAUGGGACACCUUUUCAUUCUCUUUUCUUGUCCUAUUUGUUAGUAAACAAAGAACAUUCA